AUGUCUGUCUAUUCAGGAUUUGCUACUCGAUAAUUGGAAAGUUAAUAUAACAAACUUGUUACCACUUUGCUCAAGAUAUUAUAGCGUAGAAUAAUUAAGUUCUAUAAUCAGGAAUUGGCUGAUGAGCCUCAAUUCAGGAGGGUAGUGGCAGAGGUACUCAUGUGAUAUUUUUCAGACUCUUAUGAAAUUGAAUCAAAUGGAACACUAAAAAUACAAUGAACCUUAUAUUAGUGCUGUGAUGGGUGAGAUUUGCGAUUUAUUCUCAAUUUAACAAAAUUGUGCAACAGGUUGCUCCUGCUAAUGUCAUCUUCAAAUGAGAAAACAAACAUUUUUGACUCAGGACAAAGAAAUCCUGUCAAAUCCUUCAUCUUGCAGAAAGCAGACAGUCAGUUCUAGGAAGGCAAGCAUCAAAGGCAUCCAUAAUACUACUUUUAUUGAAAAACCAUAACUAUCUAAAGUUCAACAAUACACUCGUGGAUCAUCCUCUUACAAAUCUCCCUAUUACAUGAGUCAAAACAACCAAUAGUAUGGGAAAUCCAAAAUGAACUUCUACUAAAAUACAUCCAAUGCCACUCAUAACAGUUCUAUCGAUAGGCCUACCACUAAAAGUUACCAGAGACCACAAUCGAAAUCUCCCGGGAGAGGCAUUACAUCGAGACUCAUGAAAUCACAAGAGGGACAAAGGGCUAAUCCAAAUGAGAGUUUGGAAGAGAAGAAGUACGAGAAACCACAAAAGUUCGGCUAAUAGUACAAUAGAAUUUUUAAAAAAAGGAAUUUUUGA